AUGCGCAGCAGGUUGCGCUGUCGAAGGACAACCAUUGGCCCCCGUCACUCGCUGGUGAUCUCGGCGCCCGAGGAGGCGCCGUUUACGCCGCGGAGUCUUUCCGGGCUGCCGGAGGAGCUGCUCAGGCGUUUGCCGCUGUGCUCCUGCGAGUCAGAACUGCGCACUGCAGCGGCAGAUGUCGUGGCUGCGGCCCUGGUAGUUCUGGACCAUCGGCACUUCAUCCGCGACUUGGACGGCGUGUGGCCCAGUAUGAAGGCUGUGAGAUCCGAGUCGGGCAGCGAGAUCCUGACGCUGACCUCGGCGCUGAAGGCGGCGCUGGCGGCGCGCCUCACCGAGAUGGUCACGCUGCGAGUGGCGAGGAGUUCGGUGCUGGCUUUGUUCAACUUCAUGGCGGAGCUUUGCUGGGCCAACUAUAUUUCCACCUCGGAGCAUGCGAUUCACCAAGCCAUCCUCCAUCUCCUGGACACAGCGAAAGCCUGUUGCUUUGCUGGGAUCACUGAACCAGCCACAUGGUAUGUGGAGGGCUGCGCCUACUUCCUAUCCAAGGUGGGGGAGAUCAUGAUGCUCAAUCCACUGGAGGUCUUCAAUGUCCUUGAUCCCUUGUCAGCCCGUGUGGCAUGCCUGGCCCGAGAACUACCUAGACGAACAAAGUUUUUUGUGUGGGUUCUGCUGGAACGUCGGCAGCGCUUGUGGCGAGGCGCCUUAUACUUGUCAGUGAGCGCCAGUUACUGGCAAGAGUGGGCACGCUCUCGCUUGGUCUUGGUGGCUCACGCCAAAGGGGAUCCACGCAGGUGUCCUUUAGCAGCUUUGCCAUGGCCAGCAUGCGAAGGCAUACGUAAAUUCAUGUGCGAGCGCAACUCCUUAGAUGCCGCUGAAGUGGUUUGGAAGACCGCAGACUCGCUGGAGAUGCCGGCCACGGACCAAUGGCUCAACGACUUCAUCGAACAGGUGCCGGCAACCCCCAAGGCACGUGAAGGAAGUGAGUGCAGCGAAGCCAACUCGCCCACGUCUCACAUGACAGCCGAUGACGAGAAACAUUUGGAUACUCGCAGCCGUUCAGCAAAAGCUUCAGUAGCCACCGCUGUAGCCUCUUGGCUGCUGAGUGGACAUACUUUCGCCUUAGCUGAGCCCUUUUGGCCCCUCGUGGCCGUCAUGUUCGGCGGCGCCGCUACGGGCCAGCCGGGCCUGUUCGGUUCCACUGGGGGUGGGCUGUUCGGGGGUGGCUGCGGUGGCUGCGGUGCCUGUGGGGGCGGCUUCGGUGCUUGCGGCGCACCGCAGAUUAAGGACCCCAACACCAACCAGGAUGCUCCAGUGCCGGAGGGCCCUAGCGAUUCGAUCAGCUGUUUGAGAUGGUCUCCGGCAGCCAACAUCUUCGCGUGUGGCUCGUGGGAUAAGAGCGUUCGGAUUUGGGAGGUCACCGCACAAAAUAUCGCUCCUCGUAUGGCUUACAACCACGAGGCGCCGGUGCUGUGUUGUGCUUUCUCGAAGGAUGGGCAGCGCAUCUUCAGCGGCGGCUGUGACAACAAGGUGAAGAUGAAGGUCCUUCAGACGCAGCAAGAGCAACAGAUCGGACAACAUGACGCGCCAGUGAAGGAGGUCUUCGUGUUGGAUGAAAUGAACAUGGUCGUUUCUGGCAGCUGGGACCGGACUCUGCGAUUCUGGAACCUGCAGCAACCAACGCCUGUGGCCACCUUGCAACUACCGGAGCGUGUCUACACAAUGGACGUCAAAUUCCCGUUGCUGGUGGUGGGAUGUGCUGAGAGGCAUGUGCUGGUCUAUAAUUUGCAGGCAAUUCAGCAGAACCCACAGCCCUACAAGCAGGGUCAGACUGCUCUGAAGAUGCAGACGCGAGCAAUUUGUGCCUUUCCGGACAAGACGGGCUAUGCCGUUGGAUCUGUUGAGGGGCGCUGCUCCAUUGCAUACAUCGAGGACACCUCGAAGAACUUUGCCUUCAAGUGUCAUCGAACCAACACCGAAAUCUAUGCGGUAAAUGACAUUGACUUUCAUCCGCAGAUGGGGACGUUCGCCACCUGCGGCGGUGAUGGAACCUUCGUUUGUUGGGACAAGGAGAACCGACAACGGCUGAAGGCCUUCAAUUCGUGCCACUAUCCCAUUACUGCUGGGAAGUUUAAUGCUGGUGGAGACAUGUAUGCGUACGCUGUGUCCUAUGACUGGAGCAGAGGACAUGAGCAAAACCAUCCGUCUUUGCCCAAGGGAGUCCUUGUCCACAAGGUCCAAGCCUCAGAGGUUCAGCCCAAAAGUGGCGUGGGGCAACGAAGCGCUGUGCAGUUGGGUGGCAGCCCGCCGGCUGUACAGCCUGUUGGCACGGCGGGCGGCGGGGAUGAAACUGUGAAGGCGCUGGUGGAACAGAUAGGAUUUGUGGGGAUUUCGCUUCUGGAAAAAGAUGGACAUCUCACUCCGGGGGAGGAUUGGCAGCUUGCUCUGGGUGAUGUUGCGUCGGUGGGUGUUUUGACCUCUGCUCUUGGCAAAGCUGAUCAAUGGUGCCGAGCCGCGCACUUGUUGGCAGAUCUGAGUGCGAAAGGCUUCCAGAGCGAUAACAUCAUCAACAACACCUUGCUGUCAGCCUGUGGGCGGGGAAUCCAAUGGCAGCUGGGGCUUUCCAGGUUGGAGCUUCCCGCAGAUCUGGUGGCGUUCAACAGCUGCAUCGACGCCUCGCAGAAAAGCCACGUUUGGUGCAGGGCCGUGGCCCUGCUGCGUGGCGCAGCGCUGCAGCGGCUGCAGCUGGAUGUGGUCUCAGUGAGUAGCUGCGUCAGUGCCUGCAGCAAGAGCUUGGCAUGGCUGGAAGCUGCUUCAAUUUGGCUGGCUGGCAGAUUGUCAGCAGUGCAGGUGGGUGAGGUUGAGAAUCUCGAAGAGAUUGGGAACUUGCACUGCAUCAGUGACCUGGCCGUGAAUCUCGAAGAUUCGGGACAACUGGAUGAUGGAGAAUAUUUCCCACCAGUUGGCUGUUGCCAAGCCACCUCCAAAGGACGUCACCUGCGAAGGUUGCAUCUCUGCUUUCCUCCAGACAUCAUCAGCUACAGCUGCGCCCUCACCUCCCACCGUGGUGCCACAUGGCCGGGUGCCCUGGGACUGUUGAUGGAUUUGGAGCGGCAGAGCGUUGAAGGCAACCUGGUCGUGGUAAAUGCGGCCAUCAGUGGUUGUGAGAAGGCGGGGAAAUGGCAGUUCAGCGUUCAGUUGGGCCAUAAAAACGGUGGAUGUUCGCUGGAUGUUCGGAGCUGCGGGGCUUUAAUCAGUGCAUGUGAGAAGGGGCAGAGAUGGGAAAGGGCCCUGCUUCUUCUCGAGCUUGGCAAGUCUCACAACAGUUUGGUAGGCUACAAUGCAGCCAUCAGCGCUUGCGGCAACAAGCGCCGCUGGCCCCAUGCGCAGCAGCUCUUCACGGCCCUUCGCAAGCGGCGACUGCAGCCCACUGAUGUCACGGUGAGCGCCACGGUGGUGGCCUUUGACUCGCCCACGGCCCAUCGUUGGUCGCUGUGCCUUUGCCUCGUGGACGCGAACGCCGCGCUCGGCGCGAAGCUGGUGACGGGCAACGCGCUGCUGCAGCUGCUGAGCAGCGCAGCAGGGAGCUGGAAGGACCCAGAAAGCCGCUUGAAUCCUGAGCAGUUGGACAAGGUGCGGAAAGCCGUACUCUUUGGCAGCAAUGCCAAUUUGAAGGACCUGGAUCGAUCUGCCUUCAUCAUGCCAGAGAGGACUCCGGUCAAUCGCUUGGGGCCGGAAGACUAUGGCUAUUUGCCGAGCGAAAUUGUCAUUUGCUGCGCUCGGAUCUCUUUUUUUUUGGCUGAGGAACCAGGACUCCACGAGCAGUCUGGUGAGCAACAGCAAGGACAAAGCGAGAUUCGUGCGAACGAUGUGAUGGAAGACAAUGUUGGAACCUUAGCAACUGUAAGUGUCCCCAACACAGGGCGAUCUGAACUCGGCGCCAUGCCGGGCACGGAACUGCAACGUGUGGUGGACGAGGAUGACGACGUCGGCGCUGCACGUGGAUCUGGCGCGCGUGGCAGUCGAACGAGUGGCGCUUGGGAUUGGAACAAGAUCUGCGCGUAUCACACCAAUCGUGUGGUGCGCAUCCAGGAUGCCAAUCUAGGAUACCUCUACUGGGGCAUUGUGACACUGGUGGUGCUCUAUAUCCAGAUCGUGGUCUUCCAUAUCGAAGGUCGACAUACGCUCCAAGAACCGGGUUUGGGUGCGGUGAUCACCAAGUUCAAAGGUAAAGGCUUCACUGCAGAUGGUAAGGCCUUUGACGCCCCGGACUUGAGAUAUCCCAUCAUUGAGCCAGCAGGUGCAUUUCUGAUGACACGACGCGUGACCAUGAAGGGUCAGAAGAUGGGCACCUGCAUAGACUGGGAUAGCCCGGAGCAUUGCCCUUGUGGUGAUCAUGGGGCCUGCGGGGCGGACAACUACUGCGAAGUCAAGACGUGGUGUCCCAGUUUGGGCGAUGGCAACGUGGCGAAUCCCGGGCCACCGCCCGGUGCCGUGGUGGAGGAUAUCCUGGGACUGGAGGAUGCCGUGCUGAUGAUCGUCGCUGGCAUCGGUUUCCCCAGCAUCGGCAAGAAGUUCCAUGUGGCAGGCUCCAGCCCGGACAGCAGCACCUUGCACAAACACAUCAGCGUGGCGCAGCUGUUGGAACUGGCGGAUCCACCGCUAAAGCUCCAAGACGUGGCCAAAACCGGAUCCAUCAUCGCUGUGAAUUUCUUCUGGAACUGCGAUCUAAGUUGGAUCUCUGAUUGCGAGCCCAGCUUCAGCGUCAAGCGCGUGGAUGAUGGAACGGGCUUCGUCCAGAAACGUGCUAAGAAGAGCACGGUGCAAGGUGUAGAAACCCGAGAUGCUGUGUACAUGUACGGCCUACGUUUGAUCGUGGAUUCAAGUGGCAUCGGGCGACAGAUCAGCCUGGUGCCCAUUGUGAUCCAGCUGGGGUCCUGCUUAGCCCUUGUGCAGCUCGCCAGCAUGGCAGCCGACUUCCUGAUGGUUCGCAUGUACGACAAAGAUCGACGCGAUGCCUACUACAAGUGCAAGGUCAUUGAGACCAAAGACUACUCGGAGAUGCAGGAGCGCUUGGACCUGGUGGGCGACCAACGCACGCGCGCGCGCGAGAUGGUGGCCGCCGGCCAGGUGCGCAGCGGCGGCACCGGCGCCGGCGUCCAGCUGGGUCUGGGCGCCGGGGCGCGCGGCUCCAUGGCGGCGGCACUGAGAGGGAGGAAUGUUGCCAGGUCCUCACAGGGAUGAACAGUUGUG